GACUUAUUUGCUAAGGUAAAAAAGGAAACGAAAGCCAGGGAUAAGGAGAUCGAGGGGGGAUAAGGUUGUGUUGGCACUUUAUUACACUCGUCUUCUACCACUGCUGAGUGCUGAUAUCCUGUGUUCUUGUAUUUCAACUUCAUUUGCUGCUCCCACACACAAUGGCAAUGAAUCUUGCCGCUGCUUCAUUCACCUCAUGGGCUGUUUGUAACUCCCGGAGCUCCACUCACCACCGUCUUUACAGCCACUACCACACCCACAAGCCCACUAGCUCACUCCUCCCCCACCACCACUCUUUUCUUUCUCUGCCCCAUCGCACCACCACCAGGACAGCUGUUGCGGCCGUUGAUUCAUCUGUUCCUCUUCAAAAGGAACAACCAACUAGUAAGAAAUACUUCUUUCUUGUUGCCAACGCCAAAUUUAUGCUGGAUGAAGAGGAGCAUUUUCAGGAACAAUUGGCUGAGCGUGUCCGCCUCUUUGAAGAACGUAACAUGGAGCAAGAUUUUUGGCUUGUCAUUGAACCCAAGUUCUUGGAUAAGUUUCCUAAAAUUACUAGUAGAUUGAAAAGACCAGCUGUGGCUCUUGUUUCUACCAAUGGCCCCUGGAUUACGUUCAUGAAGCUGAGGUUGGACCGUGUUUUAUGUGACAGCUUUGAAGCUGACAGUGUCGAAGAAGCACUGCUAUCUAAUCCUGCCAAAUUAGAGUUUGAGAAACCAGAGAACUGGGUGGCACCAUACCCGAAAUAUGAGUCUGGGUGGUGGGAAUCCUUUUUGUAUGCUAAUUCUGAGAAGCAAAAGGUAUGAGAUCUUUGGCCUUUUGCCGCGAAUGGGAUGUAUAAGCAAGCAUGCUAGAGUGAGUUGAGCAGAUUGUUUUGUGUAUCCAAUCUAUAAAUCCAAGUAGUUAGAGGUGUAGAGCUUGUUGAGUCAAAUUUAAGUUUUGUUUUGUGAAGAUAUGUAUCAAGUUAUAGAACAUUUAACAGUGUGUUCAGUGAUUAAGUAAAGCGUUUACAUCUGUGCUGUUACUGUCAUCCAGUGUCCACUGUGUUGUGGAUAUUGUCAUAUUCAGGGCUCCCUUGCUCCUGUGGUGCGGUGUAGCUGUGUAACCAAUACGGAUUAAUUUUCUGUUUUCUUAA